UUGGUUCCAAAAAUAAGUCGAAGAAAUGAAGCACUAUUAUUUUCUGACGUUACUAAUUAUUUAUUUUCUAACCCUACGAGUUCGAAGUUGUGCGGACACAGAAAAAGUUCAGUACCCUUUACCCUACACGGAUUUUUACCCAUUAAUCCCAUCCCUCAGUCAGUCUUCUACCAUCGUUCGAGACUCAUUUCUUCCCUUCAAUCUCCUCUACUCGCUCAAACACUCGGUGAAGAAAUUGGAAGCAGAAUUCAAAAAAUAUGCAAAUGACCACGAAAAAAAUCACCACCACCUCGUCCUGAUAAAUCCGUCCAGCCCGCGGUACUUGUAUCGGGAAGGGAUAACCCGGCUAAAUAACGGAUCUAAUCCCAUUCCCUUGACAUCAAUGUACUCUUCAGAAGAUCGGGAUGCCUCCACGAAACAAAUGAUGAUCCCGACCGACAUUUCUUUCCGGGGAGAUGGCUCCUCCUGGAAAUUUGACGGGUAUUUAAGCGGUCUCAAUUCGAAAUACGAGACCAUGUACCACCACUUGGAAAAACUUUUCUCCAAAAGUGUCCCCCUAGUCGAGGAAAUGUUUGCAUCCCUAUUGUCCAAAGAUGAGGUCAAACUACGGAAAAAGUUGCAGGCAAUAUUUUCCCUAAAAUCUUUAACUCUUCCAAGUACGCAAGUCAAGAAAAUCGCGGCAAGUAAUUGGCACAGAGAAGGCAGGAAAAAUGAGAAGAUAGUCGCAACAAUAAUUUACUAUUUGGAUUUGGACAAUAUUUCCAACGCGACUUUAUCGUCCCGGGUAAAACGAAGGGAUGGAGGAGAGUAUAUCGAUUUUAGCCCGAUAACCACCGCCUCAAACAGAGUCGUCGUUCUGCCGAAUAUUUAUGAACACAGGGCCGACCCAUUUUCUGUCGAUGAGGUCGGGAAACAAGGACGAAAGCGGACCAUAGUCAUAUUUUUGGUGGACCCAAGCGGCCAUAUUUUAUCAACUAGUGACAUUCCAGAACCCGCAGGUGACACAGAAAUGGGUGGAUACCCGGAUUUCGAAGAGAGUGAUGAGAACGAAGAAACAAAACGAUUCCAGCGAUCCCCAAAGGAUUGUGAUUAUCAUUACACAAUCAAUUUGUUCUAAAGGAUUGUUAACAAAUUCAACAUUAGUUGAGUGCAAUAUAGCGUAUAGUAUUCUAUAUAAGGUAACAAAUUUAUGUAUGGUAAUUUGGCACAGGAUGUUGUUUGAGGUAAAAAUUAGCUUCAUACGUAUGAACGUAUGUCAAAAAAAUUGGA